AGUCGUCCGGUGACUGUCGUGGCGAGGGGGCGCGGAAAGGGUCCUUCAGGCGAACUUGAAGGCAGCCUGCUGAGGACAAUCCGAAAAGGCGGAGCCUCACGCGAACGGACGGCGGCCGCGUUGGGACCGCGCUCCUCCGGCGCGAAGACUCCCCGCGGGUCAGAGCCCGCUCCUUCCCCGCAGCCCAGCGCGUCCCCCGGGGCGGCUGCAGGCGCUCGCCCGACGGGGAAACCCGGGGCUCCCCCGGGACGGGAACGGCGUCCGAUGGAGAGGAAGGGCCGCGGCAGUUCAAAGUUUCACAAGGCACAGAAACCACAAAAAGAAUGUGUGGGCCAUCAGCCAAUACCUUCUCAUCCAAACAGAAAUUCGGGGCAAAGUGGGAGUUGUCGGAUCUUAUAUCGUGUGACGUAUACCUGGAACCGAGGUGGGAGGUUGAAAGAACUUCGUAUUAGGCACCUGGCAAGGAAAUUUUUUUAUCUGUGGAAGAAGAGGACAUUUGGAAGAGUCCUGCCGUCCAAGGCCAGGGCCUAUUUUGUUCGGAAAACGCUGCAGAAAACCUUUGGAGAGUGGAAGGAGGAAUGGUGGGUUCUUUGCAGAGAAUGGAAGUUUACUGUCAGAGCUGACUGCCAUUACAGGUAUUUUCUUUACCACAAAGUCUUUCAGGCUUGGAGAUCCUACCUGUUCCAGCGACGAGCGAGGAAGCUCGCCUACCGUAUUGCAGCGGCCCAUGCCACCAAGCAGAAGACCCUCCAGACAUGGCGGCGUUGGCUGAGCUACCUCCAGCUCUGCAGGAUGAAGCACCGGAUGCUCGGGGAGGCUCUGCACUUCCGGCAGCAGAGCGUCCUGCGGCUCUCCUGGGGGUUGUGGCAGAAGCGAUGGUGCCAGAGUCAGGUUUACCGUGGGAUGGAGUCCCAGGCCCUCCGUCAGUGGGCGCACAGCGUGGAACUUCGCGCCUGGCUGCGAUGGAAGGCCCUCUACGUACAACUCCAGCGGGAAAUGGCAACAGCCGGCUGGGCAGCGAGGCGCUUGCAGCACUGGGCGAUGCGGAAGGCCUUGAAGUCCUGGCUCCAGUACGUGGACCAGCGGAGGGAGAAGCAGCGCAGUAGCCGGCUGGCUUUGCAGCACCAUCACGCCCGGCUACUCCACUGGCACUUCUCGGCCUGGCAACUGGUGUGGAAGCACAAGAAGCAGUCGGAGCAUCAUGCCCAGCAGGCGGCUGGCACAGCUUUGCGAAGGGCUUUUGCUCAGUGGAAGCUCUAUGUGGCGUUGCGUGCUGAAGAAGCAGAGCGUUACCGGCUGGCUCAAAGCCACCAUCACCACCACCUGCUGAGUUGUGGGUUUCGCGUCUGGCGGAGGAACGUCCGGGAGGGUUCCCUCAAGCAAGUCGGGAGAAACUUGGCUUGUCAGCAGCACCGAGUCACGCUCAUAUCUAGGUUCUGGACUUGCUGGAGGUCUCGUCUGGAGCAGAAGGAGGAAGAGCAGCAGCGGCCCCUGACCCUGGCAGCCGUUUCUCACCACAGCCGGAGGCUGCUGCAGAAGUCUCUGCGGACCUGGACACAGCGAGCCCGCGGGGAAAGAUGGCAGAAGUUCCAGGAUGCCAAAGCUGACCGGCAUCGCCAGGCCGUCGUCUUGUCCGCUGCCUUUCAGGCCUGGAAGCUGUUCAGAGAUCACCAGCUCUGGUGGAGUGAGAUGAACCGGGUGGCCCUGGGCUGCCACAGGGAGACGUGGACCAGGCGGGUCUUUGAGCGGUGGCAGUUGAGGCAGCGCGAGCAACAGGAGGGACGGGCGGCAGAGAUGAUGGCACCGAUGCACGCUGAAGGGCGACUUUUGUUCCGGUUCUGGGGCCGGUGGCACACGGCCACCCUGGCCCGCCUGGAAGAGCGAGAGGGUGUCUCCUUGGCCAGGGGGCACCACAGGCGUCGGCUCCUCCGGGCCACUUUGCACCUCUGGAGGGAGAAUGUCUGGGAAACGAAGAGAGGGCGGGUGAAGGAGGCAGCGGCCUUGCACUUCCAUUCCGAGAAGCUCCUGCGCUGUUCGUGGAGGAAAUGGCGGCAGUACCAGAUGCAGAAGUCUGAGAAGUGGAAGAAGAUGGCCCAAGCCGAGGGCCACUACCAGCAGGCCUUGCUGGGCAGGGUCAUGGCGGCUUGGAAGACAUACCAAAAGAACAUUCAGUGCAUCCUUCAGCAGGUAGCCAAGAAGGAGAGAGACCAUAAUCGGGGGCUGCUAUGUCAGACGCUGCGUUCCUGGAAGGAGAAUACUGCUGACCUCAGGCGGGAAGCAAAGGCAGCCGGCCUGGCUGGGCGUCAUUGCAGACAAGUCCUUCUCUGCAAGGUGUUGCUCCAGUGGAGGGAGGCGGCUGUGCUGCGUGCCGAUAGCCGAGAGAAGGUGGCUGUGGCUGUGAAAGAUGCCCAGAGGCACUUGCAGAUAGCGAGGCUGCGGAGGCUGUUUCUCCGCUGGAGGGAGGCCUCUGCCAGCUCUUCCCAGCAGAGGGGGCGGCUCAGCGUGGCAGCCGAGCACCACCGGAGGCAGCUGCUCCGCCGGUGCCUGGAGAGGUGGAAGCAAGAUCAUCUCAGCCGCAUCAGAGUCAUGCUCCUGCGGAGACAAGGGGAGCAGCUGCUGUCCCGGAGACUUUCCGCAACUGCCUUUGCGUCCUGGAAGGCACAGCUGGCAGACAGACGGCGAGAGCGGCAGCAGACGGUGCAGGCCCUCUGGCACUGGUCCCGGACUCUCCAGCGGAAGGUGCUGAGGGCCUGGGGAGGCUUCCUGCAGGAGCAGCUGCGGAAGAAGGGCCGGCUUGCACUGGCGGCCGAGAGCUACCAGGCGGAGCUGCUACGCGAGGGCAUCUGCCGCGUCCUGAGAUACGUGGCCGCCAUGAAGCAGCACCGAGGGCAUCGGCAAGCCCAGCAUCAGUUGCAGGCUGCGUGUCAGCGUCACCACUUGGUCUACCGUUGUGCCCUGAUGUGGAAGCAGAAGGCUCUUUCCCGGAAAUCCAGCCUGGCGUUUUCGGGCACUCCCGCCAAGAAGCACGUGACUUUUGAGGUGCCAAGGCUGGGCCAUGUCCUUCCUGGUGGUCUCAGGGGACAGGCCAAUCUUCCCAGUGUGCCAAGUGACUACCAGGCUGCUGGAGAUUCCAUCCUGACGGAUUUGUACGCGGCUCGCCAGGUGAGGCUGCAACCUCGUAGACCCGAUUUCCUGGUACCAUUUCCUGAGAAAAGUGGGCUGCCACAUACAGAGAAGUGGCUGGGAAGCUCAGCUGGUUUUGCUCAGCCAAUGGCCGCAGGCCCCCUCUUGUCUGCCCUCCCCAGCAUCGACCCUUCACCGUCCCCUUUCAGUGGCUGCGGUUACUCCUCUGGUUCCUUUCCCAAAUCUGGACUACUGCCCACCGGGAGUUCUUGGCUGCACGGCCCCAACAGUGCUGCCCCAGAGCUGCAGCCCCCCUCCUCCUUCACACUGGGGGCAAAGGGGGCGAGUGUCGAGACGCCCUCCCCCGGCCCUCCAGCUGCAUCCCCUGGCAAGGAGAGGCCAGCCGUGGUCUCAAGGGGGCCUUUGCUCGUACCCGAAGAUUUUACGAGAAGAAGGAGUCCUCUCUGCGGAAAAACAGAAACCAAAGGAGGAGAGGCUGAAGUUCAGCAUCUACAGGAUGAGCUCCAACUGAUUGGGCAAAAAAUGCAGCGUUACUACAGCCAGCAGCAGGAACUGAAGUUUUGCCAGCGACAGGAACGGCUUCUUGGCAAGUGGCUGGAAUUGAGAGGGGGAGUCGGGGAACCCACCGAUGUGCAGGAAAUCCGUGAGAAGCUGGGCCAGCUUGAAGAUAUGUGGACUUCAACUCCCAGAAUUCCCCAGCAAGCUUAAGAGUUGAAAUUUGCUCGUCUUAAAAGUACCAAUGUUGAGAAUCAUCGGUUCAGACCCAUAAAAUUGGAAGGAACGUAACAAGUCCCAGCCCUCCACUCUUGUCAAGGAUUUGCUGGAAGCUCAGGCAGACGACCCUCCAGCCUGUUUCAAGACUUGCAGCAAGGAGAGCAGGCUUGCUUCAUCUGGCUCCUGGUCAGCUCAUGCAAUCCAGAGGUUUCUCCUGAUGUCUAGCCUGAACCCCUUCCUUGCAACUUUCACUCUUGCUCUGGUCCUACCAGAGGUGGCCGUGGGCAAGAGAACAAGCCCACCCCCCCCCCCGUGUGUUAUCUCCAGAUAUUUAAAGACUGCUGUCCUAUCUGCUCUUCUGUAGAUGAAACACAGGCACAUUCUUCAACUUCUCCAACUGUGCAGGGCUUGGACUGUGGGCCCUUCGCCAUCUUGGUAGCCCUCUGAACUUGCCCCCGUUUCUCUCUCUCUCUUUUCACCUGUGGUGCCCAGAACUGGAGAAAUACUCCAAGCAGGUCUCCAUUAAGGCAAAAGAGAGAGGAAGAAUGACUUCUCCUGACUUCUGUGCUCCCAUCAUCAACACACUCCAAAAUAAUAUUUGUCUUCUUUUAGCAGAGGCACUACAUGGCUAACCCACAUUUUGUUUGGAAAUCUGCUUGGGGUAAAUGAAGCUGCUCUUGCUUCUCCCAAAACCCCUCUGAGAAGUAAACUUAGAAUUGAUCUGGCAGAUCAGGGGAUUGAGGGCGUACAGUAAGCAGAAGCCGGGAUGUGAGGCUUGGUGGUUGUUCAUAGAAAAAUGUUUAGGAAUAACAAUAGUUUCAGAAAGGUACAGCAUGCCAUCUCUCUGUAGCUGAAUCAGGCUGUCCCUCACCCACGUGAUUCUUCAUGUUCCUGGGUGUUUUUGUUU